GGUCGGGCAUGUCUUUUCCCAAAAAUGAAAGAAAACGCAUGUGUCAUAAAAUAUUCCAGUAGAUGUAGGAUUUCUUAGUUCGGGGUAAAACAGAAACACUUUUCUUCUUGCUUCAUUCAGAAGCUAUAGGUGUCGCAAUACCUUUUUUUGUCCGGUUCCACCGGUGCUCUGAUAUUUCAAAGGCUCGUUGAAACUCAAUAACGCUAUCAAAUAUUGACUAAUGCAUGUUCUCUUAAAACUUAUGAGCAUCCUUAUUACUCCUCCACCUAUACAUGUUUUCUAGUUGCAUGCGAGUAUGUAAUUCAAAAAGACUAUAACCAACAAGUAGAUUUUUGUGCCGCAUUUAUUUAUUACAAUGGUCGUUAUCGGGAUACACUCAAACACAAUAUUCCAAUGGAAGACGCUGGUGUCUCAACGGCUUCUGUAAUAGAGGCUCUCAUGAACUAUGGUUCUUGCUACUACUGGCCAAAUAAACCAAAUCCUAUCAAUUUUCGACCCUCAGAUAUCUCGUAUGAAGUUGCCAAAAAGUAUAAACUUCUUAAUUAUAAAAAAAUUGAUAUUGACUUAAAUGCAAUGAAAACCUGUUUAGCUGAAGAUUAUCCAUUCGGAUUUAGAUUAAAAAUCUUUGAAUCAUUUAAAACAGCGGGGGAAAAUCGUGGGUUUGUACCGAUGCCUUCUGGUCCAGAUGACGCACCAUGUGGUUUUCAUGGCCUACUUGCUUGUGGAUAUGAUGAUCGCGCAAGACGCUUCAUUGCAAGAAAUACCUGGGGUCUUGAUUGGGUAUGUGCAAAUUGAACGGUUAUAUUACUGAAUUCACCAAAAACCUGAUCAGAUUUUCUCUAUCAGCGAAAGCAAAGCAGAAUUUGGAAAGUAGCUUCUUGAGAAACGUUUUGAACUUCUGGCUAGAAGUGGUUGUCGACCAAGUGCUCAGUGAAUCAAAAACUUUUGUAUUCAGUGUCCUCAUAAUAGAAGAAAAUCAGGCGUAAGUCGAGUGUUAUCGUGUACGUGAAACAAC